AUGACAGCCUCGUUCCCAUUCCCGGGCGCGUACUAUGAAACGUACGAGCCCCAAGAAAUCCAAAUACCAAAUCUAGCACACUCUCCCGACCUCUACGAGCAACAACGUUACCUCGAGCAGCAGAAUGAUGACAUCCGCAGGCAGAACUAUGAGAACUUGUUGAGGAAUCAGAUCCUGACGCGGCCGAGCUACAAUAUUCAACCUGUGUUGAACACCGUACGCGAACCGUAUAUCAACUCGAUCCCUUUGCAGCGGCCGAUUCAGCGCGCUCAGUAUGAGGCGCCCUUAACGCCGCAAUUCUAUCCUGUGCAGCGCCAGCAGCCUAUUCGGCAAUACCAGCCAGUGCAAAGCCCGGACUUCCAAGUAGCAGCAGAGGCCCACGCCGAAGCCGGGAACUCUCAGGGCGCGAGCCAGCAGACACACAACCCGUACCAUUAUGCGCAAUUCAGCGCACAAAAUCUGGCGUCCCAACCGCGAAUCCAGCAAGUCCUAGCUUCCACACCGCUCAAAAAACGUUAUUUAGUGCUCCACCCUAACGGAACCAUCGAGCAUAUCGACAAGAUCGAACAUAUCGUUGAACAACACCCUAAUUACAUCUUAUUGAACGCUAAAAGCGUUACAUCACAGAAUGAAAGUUCAAAACCAGGAUCAGCGCAAAGUCCGGUGGUCCCACAGACCCCAGUUGCCCCCGUAGCACCUAAUUCCCUAGUGACACCAACGGCACCAAAUGCCCCAGUGGCACCAAAUGCACCAGUGACACCAAAUGCCCCAGUAGCAACAGCGGUACCGAAAGCCCCAGUGGCACCAGCGGCACCAAAUGCCCCAGUGGCACCAGCGACACCAAAUGCCCCAGUGGCACCAGCGACACCGAAUGCCCCAGUAGCACCAACGGCACCAGUUAUCCCUGCAGUCCCACAGGCCCCAGUUGCCCCCGUAGCACCUAAUUCCCCAGUGCCACGAGCGGCACCAAAUGCCCCAGUGGAACCAAAUGCACCAGUGACACCAAAUGCCGCAGUAGCACCAGCGGUACCGAAUGCCCCAGCGGCACCAGCGACACCAAAUGCCCCAGUGGCACCAGUGACACCGAAUGCCCCAGUGUCACCAGCGACACCAAAUGCCCCAGUACCUGCGGCUCCAGUACCCCGAUCGCCACCUACGGCCCCUGUAGCACAAGCACCUGACGCACCAAUGGCCCCAGUAUCUUCAGCUGCACCUAAUGCCCCAGUCGCUCCAGCCAAGGCCACUGCGCAAGCAAACGCUGUACCUACGCCACCAGUAGCCCCAGCCCCGGCACCAGUAAAUCCAGCCCCUUCACCAGUAAAUCCUGCACCGGCACCAAUUAACGCAGCACCAGCACCUGUGGGUCCAAUCGCUGACCCUGCUGAACCACCUUCAACAGUUAACUCCAAACCCAUACCAAUUCAAACCGGCAUCGUACCUGGCCCAAAACCGACCGUGCAGCCAAAGGAUACGAAGAACGAUAUCGACGUACUUCAAGUAAAUGGCUCGAAACCAGUAGUGUGGUUCAGGACGAAGGACCUUGACUUCUGGGAGAAGCUGACGACCGGAGACGAAACCUUCGACGUCGUGUACAUCUUCAACGUGCCGCGGGCGCAGAAGGUCACGAGAGAAACUAAAACCACUUUACAUGCUGACGGUACUGUGGUGGAAGAAGUGACGCAGACCAUUUAUGACGACGAGGAUUUACCACCAAGAGUUAUCACAACGACUACGGUCACCAAACCUGAUGGCACCCAGUCAAAGACGUGAGAAGAUCUAUAUUGGAUUCAAAUAAGUUUUAAGU